AUGGCCGAAACUGUUAAACGAAAAUCGAGGAAAAGCUCUUCAGCAUCUUCCACUGACGAUAAUCUUUCCCCAGAUGGCAAAAAGUUAAGACACUACGCUUCGCUCUCAGAUUCCGAACUGUGUGAAUCGGACGAAGUGUUAUCUAUACUGAAUAUGGUGGGGGAAGUUAUCCCGAAACUUGAACAAGUGUUGGAAAAACUUGAGAAUUUGGAACGGUAUGUAAAAGCAGUUGAGAAAGAAGUUAAUAAUUUGCAGGCAAAGGUGGAUUGUUUCGAGGCUUUCAAAAACAAAACAGAAAAAAAGAUCAAAGAGCUGGAAGACGGAUUGGAUUUUGCGAACACGGAACGCGAGUCUUUCAAGGAGAAAUUUGAAAACCUCAAAUGCGAAAUUAAUCAGCUCCGGGACGAGAAACUAUACAUGGAAGUUUAUCAGCGGCGGGAAAAUCUUCGUUUUUUCGGAAUUAAAGAAGAAGCCGAUACGGAGGAGGAUGCGAGAAAGGUUUUGGUUGGAUUCCUUAAAACAUAG